GGCUUUGCAAAUAAAUGGAAGGGAUUGGGGAGCCCGGUGUGACAGCCCGUCAGCCUUUUUACAAACAAACAAAUAUCUCCUUUGUCGUGCAUGGACGGUUGGGUGGGUGACUCAAGGAAGACGGCAUCUUUUCUCUUCUCUAGGCAAAGGCGUUUGGCAUAUGGAUUGUGUACUCAGAGAGAAGUGUUGGAGUUCCAGGGUAGCGUGUCUAGGGAUAUAAAGUCCGUAAAGAACGUAAUUGGAAAACAUAUACUCAAUUAUCCUAUCCUUAUUAAUUCAAGUUUCCUAGUAAUAGGGUGUAAGUAUAGCUUGCUGUAUAGAAGAAUACAUGUUGCUUAAAGUACCUGGUAGACUUGUUGUCUAUAUACCUGUCGUGUCUUGAAGCCUAGAAGCCCAAUUUCUGGUAGGCACCCGAAUUCAGCCAAUGACACAAA